GGAGGAGAAAGAGAAAGAGAGAGAAUUUUCUGGCACUUCCAAUAUAUCCUGCUUUUUAUUAAAGAGCUUGUUACAGCGUUUGAGUCUGCAUAUGUGGUUCAAGAGUGUUUCUUAGCAUGUAAGCGAGUCAGUGUGGGUGUUUAAGUGUGAAAUUGUGUAUAUCGGUGUGAAUACGUGUAGAUGUGUUCUUCCAUGCUUCUGGGAGCUGUGACUCUCCAUGUCUGGUGUUCAUGCUUUAAAUGUGAAUAUUGUCAUUAUAAUGUAUUAAUCCAGACUUCAUUCUGUUUCUGGAUCAUAUUUAGCCGCAUGUAAACUCUGUUCCUGUGGAAAGACUGUUUCUGAUGACCCAGCAACUCAUGUUUUUACCAAACCAAGAAAAAAAAGGAACUAUUGGCUUUGAGGUUUUUCAAGUAAAUGAUCUCAUGUGUGUAUAUGCACUUCAGUAACGAGAGCACAGCCUCAAACACGCACUAGGCAAGCAUACUGAUUUGAAGUUGACUGUAACGGACCAACUCUUUUAUCUAAGCGCUGAUGAAUGGAACAUUUACAAGCCUUUCUUGAUGACAGAGAAACAGAUAUCUUGAAAGUAACCGGCAGAACCACCUGCUGUGAAAAGCGCCUGGCUUUGUGAUCUAGGAUCUCAGCUACAAUGUUCUCCACGUGGAUUCUGCAUAUGGUUGGAUUCACUCUGCUGGUCAGAGGAGACAUCAGUGAUGAACAGUGUCCUCCUCAUGAAGUCACACCUGGGGAAGAAUCUGCAGUGAUGGAGUCCUUGCAGUGCCACAAUGACUACAUGACCUAUGUGCAGUGCACAUGGGAGGUCGAUCCACAUGUUCAUUCACAAGAUACAGAAAACAUGCCUAAAUUGUACUAUGGGGACUACGAUGACACAGUUUUAGAAGAAGAAACACCUUGCGUCUCAAAUAGAUCCAGUGUGCUGCUACCCAGUGGGAAGAUCUCUCACACGUGUCGCUAUAACACUGACAGGUUUGCUAUAGGAGCAGAUCACGUUCUCUACUUCAAAGUGCCCUGUGUACCCAAAGCCACCACUCUCAGAAUUGCAGACGAAGGAAAAGUUAGGGCCCCAAUUGACUUGACGGAGACGAUGACUGAUAACGGAGGUCGUCUGCUGUCCUGGAGAAGCCAGUAUCCUGCAUCCUCAAAAAUCACAGGAACUCUUGUGUACCAGCUUCAGUAUCGCAAAGACAUGGAUAACUGGACUAUUGUGGAUAACAUCAGUGCUUCCGAGUAUAUGAUUGACAAGGAGUCACUUUCGGGUUACCAUUAUCAAGCCAGAGUGAGGGCGCGAGGCCCUGUAGGACUCUGGAGUGACUGGAGCCCCCUGCUGUCCUGGAAGACUCACAAUGAUGGACCCUUUAACCUGAAGUGUGUGAUAAUGGAAGAAACGACCGUGACGUGUACCUGGCAAAUGAAGACAGAAUAUUAUCAGUUUAUGUCUUAUCAUCUCUGGUGCAGUGAUAAUGAUAACGCUGAACUCUCAGCUUGUUGCAAAGAUCCACAGCUUCAGUCGAGCGGCGCUGACCUUUCUGAGUUUGUGUGUUCUGUAAAUACCUCUGACCCUUCCCUGUUAACAGUGGAGCUGAGACCAGUGUACUACACUAGGACGUUCUAUACUGAAAAACACAUUAAACUUUCACAACCUGGCCCGAUCCAUGUAGAGGAAGUAGAUGGUGGUUUCAUACUGAACUGGACUGAACCAGCUGUGUCCGAAUAUAUUAAAUACUCCAUCCAGAUAAAAAUCUCACCCUUCAAGACCUCAGAAAGCGAGAUCCUUCCUAUGGGGCAAAACUAUUUUGAGAUUUCAUCUGAGCUUCUAGAUCCUUCAACUGAAUACCAGGCCCAGAUCAGAUUACUGCAUGUAACUGAUGGUGUUUAUGACGUUCAGCCAUCAGAAUGGUCCGAGCCAGCAGCGUUCAAAACUAACCCGGUUUCAUCGCCCAUCAGCUUUGUAAUCUACAUUUUGACUCCUGUGUUCGUGGCUAUGCUUUUCAUCAUCUUGUACAACACCCUUCCAGUCUUACACAGAAGAAUCACAUUGUGGAAGGGAUCAAUUCCAUCGCCCAUAAAGAGCAAAGUGCUGGAGGGGAUGGUGAAGAAGUCUCAGAGUGGAUGGCCAAAUCUCCAGAGCGAGAACGAGUCAACCUCCAUUUGUGUUCUACUGGCGGCAGACAACGUCAGUCUCUGCAAAAGCAGUGUCUCUUCGGAGCCGUGUUUGUCACACAGUGAGGAGGCUGUUAAAAUGGCACAGUCAGGUGGAUCAGACCACAUGCACGCCUAUGUGAGUGAAAGCAUGCGCAAGGAAAAAUCAGGCAUGAACUUCAGCGGACCUUAUAUUAUGUGCUGUGAGCAAUCCUGCACCCAGUUCAAAUUUCCUGACAGCUCUAUAGACAAAGAUCACACAUGUGCGUCGGGAAAGUCUGAGAAUUUUGCUCCUGUAAAUGGAGGCUACGUUAUUAAUCUUCCCACCACCAUGCCAGCAACUCAAAACCCGGUCACUGUUGACAGCCCGACCAAUAACCCUUCAGACGAACCCCCUGCGUACACCCCCGGCCCAGAUCAGGGGUGUAUGGUCCUCCCUCAUCCAUCUGGCUACUUCACAAUGCCAUGUGUCGUCACAGACCAAUCCGAGCCGAAAGGAUGCAUGAAGAUUGCACAUUCAGGAACAUAAUGACCAAGGACUCAAUGACUGUUAGUCAUUACUUUUUAAAUGAAGAAAAAAAAGAACAAAUAAUAAUAAAAAUAAUAAAAACCAUGAGGGGACCUACAGGCUCAAAGAAGGAAUAAGAGAUGGACGAUCAGAGCUAAGCACAAUCAGUGGAUCACAGUGAAUGUAGUUCAGAUCUUUGCUUUAUUUAAACUUUAUGAGCAAUGGUCUAAAGAAAGAUGAAUGUUUUGCAUGCUCAUAAUGAAAGGGGGUGAAAGAAUCAUUGGAGCUUCAAUAGGACUUUGAGUUGUACCGUGAAAGUCUCACCAACAGAUGGAAGUGUUGCUUUAAAUGAAUGUAUGAUAAGGCCAAAAAUUCUCAUUUCCUCAGUGCAAACUGUGGAAAGCAAACAAGGCAUUAGUCGAAAUGACUGUUUUUUCCACAGUGUCUCACAUAUCCCGCUGCAUUGAAUGUAUUCUUCUCAAGUUUUUGCAGUUAAUUCAGCUUGACAGACACUGGCGGCCUCAUUCACUAACUGUGUACGCUGGCAUUUGUGUGAUUAGGAACGUUUUCACAAAUAAAUCACAUGCCAUCAGUAAGGUUAAAUAAAUGACUGUGUGAAGAAAUGGAAGGCAAUUUUAAACUGUAAUAGAAAACAAACAGACUGAUUCUACAAAUGUUAGAAAUAUUUUGGGAAUGAACAAAUUAAAAUUACUGAGAGGCUGCAUUUACUAUAUAUAGGCUGAUAUAAAAAUAGAAUGGUAAUAUUUGAUUCACACUAAUAACAUACUGCUCAAUCGCACGAUCUUAUGUAAAAUACACCGUAUGUUGAAUGAGAAGUACACUGACUUAGUGAAUGGGGCGCAUUUUUGUAUAUAAGUAGUGCUGUUUUUGGAUUUUUGCAAACUUUAUACUUUUUAAGACAUUUAAAAUGAAAGUUUUAAAAAAUAUAUAUCUCCUUAACUUGCAUCGUGUUAAAAUUGCGAAUGUUGUUAUGUGUCAUCUAAAACAUUAAAGCUAUUUAUGUGCUGAGCUAAAGGCAGUCUCAGGUUGAUCAUGAGCAUGCCCAACCUAACAAAAAACAAAAAGGCUUUCUUCUAGCUGUCUCUGGUUUAAGAGAAAGUAUUAAAAGUGUUUAUUUUCUUGAGCUGUGAUUGUAAACGAUAUGUACUCAAGCACAUGGUAUUAAAGAUUUAGCUAAAGUU